GUAUUCGACUUGUUUGAUACAAAGCACAAUGGAAUAUUAGAUUUUGAAGAGUUUGCACUUGCUCUAUCAGUUUUCCAUCUGAAUGCUCCUAUUGAUGACGAGAUUGAAUGGUUUGUUUUGGUGCAACCAUCAAUUUUUGUUGGAGGUUUCUAGAACCAAUUGAAUUAGAUAGUCUUAUUCAUACUAGAAUUUGUCUAUUGUGAUUAAUCAUCAAUGGUAUCUCUACAGUCUAAGAGUGUUUGGAUGAAAAGGCAGCAAUGCCCAUGUGGUGAUUGGAAAUGUUUUGUAACAUAUGAGGGAAACACCGAUGAGGGAAGUGUUGUAUCUCAAUUAAUCAAGAAUGAUUUGGGACCAACUGAAACUAUGGUUGCCCCAUACGUUGGGAUGGUGUUUAAGAGUGAUGAUGAAGCAUUUGAGUAUUACGGGAGUUUUGCUAGAAAAAAUGGGUUUUCGAUCAGGAAAGAGAGGUCUCGGUUGAGUCCUCAAUUGGGUGUUUACAAGAGGGAUUUUGUUUGCUACAGGUCAGGCUUUGCGCCUCCUAGGAAGAAACAAGCGGGAGAGCAUCAAAGGGAAAGAAAAUCUGUUAGGUGUGGUUGUGAUGCAAAAAUGUACUUGUCAAAAGAGGUUGUAGAUGGAGAUUCUCAGUGGUUUGUUGUGCAAUUCAGUAAUGUGCAUAAUCACGAGCUUUUAGAGGAUGAUCAAGUUCGACUGCUCCCAGCUUACCGCAAAAUUCACGAGGCAGAUCAAGAACGAAUUCUUCUUCUUUCAAAAGCUGGUUUUCCAAUCAACCGAAUUGUCAAGGUACUGGAGCUGGAAAAGGGGAUUCAGGGCGGACAGCUGUCAUUUCUGGAAAGAGAUGUCAGAAAUUUCAUCCAAAACCGCAAGAAAGCUGUACAAGAGAAUGAUGCUUUAUUAACUGAGAAAAGAGAAAAUGACACAAUGGAUCUUCUUGAGGCCUGCAGGGCAAAUAAAGAGGCAGAUCCAUUUUUUGUCUAUGAUGUUGCUGUUGAUGAAAAUGAUAAAGUUGAGAAUGUUGCUUGGUCUUUUGGUGAUUCUAUUCAUGCCUACAACAUGUUUGGUGAUGUUGUUUACUUUGACUCAACAUUUAGUUCAAUGGUGUAUGGUAUGCUUUUUGGAGCAUGGCUUGGCAUUGACAACCAUGGAAAAGUUCUCUUCUUUGGUUGUGCCUUGAUGCAGGACGAGACCCCCCAGUCAUUUGCUUGGUCUUUACAGGCUUUCCUCCGGUUUAUGAAAGGAAGAUAUCCGCAAACAAUUAUAACUGAUAUUGAUACUGGUCUCAGAGAAGCCAUCAGAAGUGAAAUGCCAAAUACUAAGCAUGUCAUCUCCUUAUAUAAUAUCCUUCCCAGGAUGUCCUGCUGGUUCUCUCUUCCACUUGGCCCAAGGUUCUCUCAAUUUAAGUAUGAAUUUGAAGAGUUGUGUCAUCUAGAAACUACUGAUGAAUUUGAAUUCAGGUGGAAUCAGAUGGUUUCACACUUUGAACUCAAUUCAGAUAAGCACAUAGUUUUACUUUUCUCUCUCCGCAUGUGUUGGGCUUUACCUUACAUUAGGGGUUGCUUUCUUGCUCGAAUGGAUUCUUCAUCAUACUGGAAAUCCCUAGAUGUGAUUUUGAAAGAAGUAAUUAAGACACAGACCUGUUUGCGGGGCUUAUUGGAACAUACAGGAUUAUCAUCGAAUUAUAGAAUGAAGUCACACGACCAGACACAGUAUAUGCAUCUCAAAACAUGCUUACCCAUUGAAGAACAUGCACGUAAUGUUCUUACCCCUUUCGCAUUUGACCAUACACAACAUGAAAUGGUGUUAUCCUUGCAGUAUGCUGCAUCUGAAAUGGCUAAUGGUUCAUAUCUUGUACACCAUUUCAAGAAGGUUGACGGAGAGCGUCUUGUGAUAUGGAUACCAGAAGAUGAACAAAUUCACUGCUCGUGCAAGGAAUUCGAGUCCACUGGAAUUUUGUGCAGGCAUGCACUUCGUGUGCUGUUAUUUAAGAACUAUUUUCAACUUCCAAGCAAAUACCUUUUGAAUCGAUGGCGCCAAGAAAGCUCACUAUUCUGUUACAGUGGAGAAAGUAACAUAAAAAUGAAGGAUGAGUGGUAUCAAGAAUUCCAUUCUCUCACCGGGACUUUGUUCUCUGAAGCAAUGCUGACAAAAGAGAGAUCUGAUUUUGUUCAUAGAGAACUUACAAAAGAGCUUACAAGACUUACGAGUCAAGUGAGAGAUAUGCCUGCUGGGGAUGAAGGAGUUACAGAUGUCACUCUGUCCCCCACCAAUGCAUUGUGAUGACUCUUAUCUAGUACAGUGUAGCUGUUGUAAGCAUCAGUGAGUAUUUUGUGAAAACAUCUUCUACCAUGAUGGCUGUGGUUGUCCGACAACUGCAAGGACUUCUGAAAAUAUUAUCAGAGAGAAAUAUGAUUGGGAUACUCAGAAAGGUGCCCUGAUCCGUAAUUGUCACUGUUGCAUCGUGAUUGAGUUUUGAAAGCAGUGACAACAAAAAGAACGCUGACCCAAAUUUGCUUCUUUGCAGAUAUUGUGAGAUUCAAAUUUCCCCCUUCUAAAAGUAGCGUCGAGAAUCUGGUGUUUCUCGUGCCUAUUUGUUGGGAAAGUUAGUGUAGAUGGCACCAAACAGGUUUUCCUGGACACACUUCUUCAAUGUAUCUGAAAGGAUGAAUCUUCUUAUGAUUGCUUCUACUGCAUUGUGGUCUUCUUAAUCCACUUUCAAUACUCUUAGGGGGAGUUUACUUUGGAGGAUUAGCCUUGAUAGAUAAAAAUAGUAAGGCUAAUCCCUUGCUUACUUUGAUGGGUUGAAACUUCGGGAUAUCCCAAAGUCCUUGAUUAUUUAUAUCAUUCAAGCUAGUUUUGCUCGAUUCUCAUCCCAUGGAAAGGGUGAGAUUUGAAAAAUCCUACUAUUGAGGAUAAAAAUACUCAAUCAUGCAAAGUAAUCGCACCCUUAGCAUUUUAUAGUAAGUAGUAACUAUAUUUUUGUCGAUUUUAUUUUCGUAAUUUGUGUUACAGCAAAAGGAUGAUGUGGGAUAGCAAGGAGGCUAUUUAUAUGCAUGAGUAACACAGGAAUUGAAUGAUAAAUAGGAAAUGAAUAAACCAGUCUUGUGAUUGAAUGUUUUCAGGAAUUGGAAAGUCGAUGAAGAAUUGGUUCACUUUAAUUAGAAAUGACACUGGAAAUUCAAUAAAACUAUACAUACUACAUAUUCACCAAAACACAUAUUAAAAGGAAAAACUUUAAAAAUAAAAUAGUUGAAAAAAUUUAUAUUUUUUUAUUGAUUAUUUUUAUCUGACAAAUAAUAAUUAAUAUAUAUAAUAUUAUGAUUUUCGUAGUAAUUUUAUACUUUUUCAGUUUCAGAAUUUUUUUUUCUUCUAAAAGCUGAUACAAUGAGGAUAGGAUAAUAAUGUCAAAAGUAGACAUAGAUUUUACUUCCUUUUUGUUUAGAAUAACUUGACUUUGGGAGGGAGGGAAUGUCUAGUCCCAUCCUUCCGAGACCCGAUUCCUAUUGAAAUGAGUUUUUUCCUAGAGUAAAAUUUAUCAAUCAAAUUGCAUGUAAUGAACCUCUGGACGCUGUCCCACUAUGAAUACCAAUCAUACCAAGGACAUCAGUGCAGUUUAGGGAAAAGGAAAAAACAGCGCCAAACUUGAGGCAACUUAACAGGGUGAAAUUGGGUUUUUUGAUGUUUUCCUUUCUAUCCGCCUUACUAUAUUAUUUGAGUUAGUACCAUUGAUACCAUCUCCAAUUUAAUGAGAUAGAAAGGGUUGCUCUUAACUAGCCCAUUUUGUUGAUGCAUAGAUACCUUGAGAUCUUUCAUGAUUCUUUCUUGUUUAAUAUGGCUAGCCAGGCAUUCAUUCUGAAGGAUCGUUCACUAGGAUUGACGGGAAUAGCAUAGGAAAGUAAAAUUUGGUGGUUCUAUAAGUUUUGUGGAAGGACUUCUGACCAUGUUUACUACAUACAUGUAUGGUUGUAUAAUCCUGCCAUGAACUAGAUGUUUCCUUUUCUACUGCAGGUACUUGUACCUUGAUUCUUGUGGAUGCUAUCAUCAUCUUAGUUAUUAUUAUCGAUAAGGAAAGCCGGUUGUUUAUCAGGCAUUCUUUUUCUUGUGGUAGAAUGUUGCCGACAACUCUAGAAGCACGUACUGAAUUGGCUUCUCAUUGGCAGCAAAGGUUUGUGGCUUAUGAUGCUCGAGCACUGAUUGGGGGCAGUUUCUUGUUCACUAUACAUUUAUUGAAGAGUUUAAUGUGAAGUGGACAAGUGGAGAACCCUGCACGAUUAAGAGCUUCAAGUUGUAUGAUCCGGAUCCAUAGGUAAUCUUGCUCUCACCAUUUUGGACAUUGGAUGGUGGCUAGAUUUUGCUUACUGGUGAACUAUCAGAAAUUUCAAGAUGCACAGUUGUGGUUUGUGGAUCUCUCUUCCCGUGCCCCAUCAAUUUGGGAAACCUGUUUGUGAGAUCGUCAUUGCAAGUACUUUGCAGUAUUGCGAGGCGGCUACUUUGAGUGAUCGCCUUGAUUUACAGUACAUAUGAUUGAUUAUUGAUCUUAACCAUCUCAAAGUUGUUCUAUCCAUCAAACUAUAAGCUGGAUUAGCUUAAAUUAUUUUUGAUAUUUCUCUUAUCACCCCAAGUAAUAGAUCUAUUGUGUGUUCCAAAUUCUUGGAAUAUGUGGUGAUGUGGAUUAGCUGGAUUAUUGCUUCUGACUUAAUUUGGGAGGUCCCAUAUAGUUUUAUGGUGGGAUUGCCUAAUUUAGGUCUCACCUUUGCUUUGUUUGAUAUA